GUACGCUUCGAGUGUCCGGACCGGUAUCAUAUUCACUUGAUAAUAAUUAUUUUAUUUACUUGUGCACGCGCGCGGAGCUUUGUUUGUGUUGUCAUAUCCAUCGAUGUGAACGCACGUGUUCUAAUUUUGAAUUUACUUUUUAAGUUUAGCCUAACCAGAGACUUUUACUUUUUUUGUGAUUAUCGAUUAGUGUUGUUUUUAUAAUCGACUAAAGUGUUUUGUUUUUUUAUAAUAAGUGUUGUGGUCAGUGAUUGUUUGGGAAUAAUUCGUGAGGCUCUUGCCUUGUUUUUUGGCAGUAUAUUUUGGCAGACACAUUUAUUUGCAGUAUUAAAGCGAAUUAUCCAAAGAAUGUCGCAACUACACAUAAGCGACGGUGACCGUCGCUCACCGUAAAAUGCGUUCGCUGCUCGCGUACUACGCUGACGCAGUGAUGUCGGCAGCGGUCCGCGGCGCCGGCUGCGCGCUCGACUGCAGCGGCCGCGGCGACUGCAUGAACGGCACGUGUCUGUGCGAGAUCCGGUACUCGGGGGACGAGUGUGCCGGCCCUAACAUGCCUUACCACGCGUGCAUAGGCGGCGUGUUCCUCCUAGUAGCGUUUGUCUGCGCAGUCCAGCUGACCAUAUGCGUGGUGACGGAGUACAGGAGACUGAAGGCACCCACCUUCCUCCGAGCAUGCAAGGUUACUACGCAGAAGAUGUUGUACCUCGUCGCGUUCUUGGCGUCCCUGAUUAGGGGAGCUUAUUUUGUUUCACCGUCGGCGUUCCAAGAGGGCUGGGCCACGAGUCUUCUGUCUGCCUACUAUCCACUGCUUAUGUCUGGAUCGUCCCUUAUCGUCUGCUUCUGGGCUGAGGUGUUCCAUCUACGCGACAUUCGCUGGGAGAGGCCACGGUUCCUAUCGAAGUCGUUCCUGGCGUUCGUGACCUUCAACUUCAUCAGCUACUCGCUCCUCGCCGCUGAGGUGUUGACUACCAAUGUCGCUGGCACUUCUCCUAAGGAAAAGAGUUUCUACCAGCACGUGUUCAACGGCUGCUAUGCGGUGUUGCUGUUCAUAGUUGUUACAUUCUUCCUUAUUUACGGCGUGGAGGUAUACUUUAAGCUCCGCGGCGAGUUCCUGAAGGAGACUAAGGUAUGCACCAUCAUAUCGCCCCGGCCGGGACCUUCCAGUGCUGAUGAUGGAGACGACGUGCAGGACACCCUUGUCACUAAACAGGGCAUACAAACGGACUUGGCAGCGGACGGCACGGUAGACCCUCGCUCCGUAGACGUGUCGCAGCUACAUCAGUCGCGAUUCGGCCUCAUCAGCCAGGCUCUGAUGCUGAUCCUCAUCGCUGGCUUCCUGGCUUCGGAGACCCUCAGCGAGUUCUGGAAGACUAAAGUGCCAGUAGUAUCCCGCAACUGGCACGACCUCGUGUUCCGAUUGGCGGAGAUCGGCGUGGCGCUAUGGUUCCCCUGCGUGCUGUGGAACUCCAUGGCUCCGGAGCGCCUGUGGCUUCUGAACCCGCGCCGCCUGUUGGCGAGGCAGCUCGACGAUGCUCGCCUUGCGGAUUUGCUUGCUCACCAUCAUGACGCCAAGCAAAAUGUGGAGACGGACUCGCUGGUGGGCAGCGUGGGGUCGGCCCGCGACUGCUGGAUAUGCUACGACAGCUCCCGGUCCGAGCCGCUGAUCCGGCCCUGCCGCUGCACCGGCGACGUGUCCGCCGUGCACCACGACUGUCUCAGCCGGUGGCUGGUCGAGAGCGCAACUAGCCCUGAUGGAUUGAAAUGCAAAGUGUGCAACACUCCUUACAUCGUUCAGGAAACUAACAGAGUGGUUUGGGAGCGCGGGUUCACAGUAGCGCACUGGGCGCGCACGGCCCUGGCCGUGGCCUGCAUGUGCGGCGCGGGCGCGGCCGCCUGGGUGUGCGUGCAGCUGGCCGCCUCGCCCGUCGCGCGCGUGCUCGCCGCCGGAGCUGCGCUGCUUGUGUGCUAUGUGGCUAUCAGAUUCCUCGGCAUGAACACAGUGAGCGCGUACCAGCGAGCCAAAGUGUCGUCACUUCGCAUUUUAACCGAGCCCUUAACUGAAAUCACCGGACACAGUGACCAGGGCCAGUUAUCCACCAUUAGCAACACGGUCACAGUAGAAAUAGCCUCCAAGGUCGUCCUCGAACGAGCACUCAAGGGCGAAGUGAACAAAUAACCUGUUACGAGUAACUGGUUACAGUAACGGUUAAAUAACUAUUUAAAAAAACGGUGAUACGUCAGUACAAACGCAGUGAAGUGAUGUGAUACAGUGUUACGAACUCGACAUUUUAAUAUUCUGAACUUUAUGUACUAUGGACGAAAAUAUACCUUUGAUCGGGAAACUACGUAACUGGGUUAAAAUGCCCAUAAUGUGUGUACUGGCUACUUAAGUCGAUUCCGACUAUUCGACUAAAGCCAACUCGAGUUCACGGACUAAUCGACUAAAUACUUGUAUGUAUAAAAUCGAUUCUUAAAUAAUUUUUAUUUUAAUAUUCUCCGUUUAUCUUGGAGAUAUAACAUAUUCCACACAUUAGUAUUGCCUUAAUUGUUUUAUUUGUAUUUAAAAAUUGACUUUGAAGUCUGAAAUUCGAUGUAAAAUAUUAUUUUUAUUUUAUUCUCUUUAUGCCAAAUUCCUUUUUUUAUUGUAAAUUAAAUUAAUUUUAAAUUAAGACGUUUAGGUGAUGUUCAGUAGUUUCUGAUGUAAAUUAUGUCAUACUUUUUAAUUUAAGGCACGGACACACUUAAAAAAAUACAUAUUAAAAUCAGUUAUCCUGAAAUAUUUGUUUUAUAAAAACAGUAUUUUUAUUCUAGAAAAAAAAUCGCCUAUUAGAAUUGUCGAAACUAAACUAAAACGAAACUUGUAGAAAAAAAAUAUAUGUUUUUUUGGCAUUUCAAAUUAUAUUGUUUUCCGUGUGUCGUGCCCACAAAAUGUAAAAAUACAAAAAAUCUACAUUUGCUAUCCAUUCCCUCUUAUUUUGUUUAAAUUUCAGUUAUUAUGAAAUAUACGUAUUUGCAUUAGUUUCGUGAGAAGUUGUUCGUUUUUACGUUAAGUUAGUUUUUACUAUCGGUGAUAUAUAAUUUUUAUUUAUUUAUUAUGUUAGGGUGCGUUUUCCAUGAUUCUAUUUAUCGACAUUACUGGUUAAUGUUUGUAACUUUCUAAAAAAAAUUAAAAGAGCAUCGGAGUUGAAAAGUUCCUCCUUUUUUGAAGUCGGUUAUUUUUUAAAAUUGAUUUUUGGACUUAUUUGGAAUACGCAAACACAAGCAUAAUUUAUAUUGAACGGAAAACUAUUCACGAAACUAAUAGUAUUUUUAACUUGAAAAUAUUUGGUUUUAGAAGUAGAAGAGGCUAUGGCGGGCGUUCGUUCCUAACCGCUGAGAGUUGUGAUAAAUAUUUAAAACAGCGGUUUCGCCUGAUUUAUACAGAAAAAUCCUUUUUAAAACUAUAAAAAAUUAAAUAAAUGUACAUUUACUUUA